AUCCUAUUACAGUGGAAUGAGCCAAGGAUCAGGAUUUGCAGCUCAGCUAUAUAAACCCAGCAGAAUCUGGCUGAUCUGACCAGUUUGCCUUACUGUCAAACAUUUCUGUCUUUCACACACAUACACACACACACACACACACACACACACACACACACAAUAUCAGGCAACACAACUUUUCUGAGUUUUGACAGGACAGCAACAAAGUCGGAAGCCCGAUAGCUGACUUUAACAUCAUAUUUAUUUCAUGGAGGCUGCUCACAGCGGGAUCUAAUCUCUGUCAGAGCCUGCAAGGCAACAACCGUACCAGAAGAGGAAAGGAAAGGAAAUCCAAUUUCGCUUGAACUGGCUCUCCAAUUUCAGCUCCAGACUACAAAGACCAAAUAGAAAUAAGAGUCCAUCAGCUUUCAGAAGGAACCGAACGCCACAAUGGGACUCCCCACCCAGGUGCUGGCCUGUGUGAUCUUAGCUUCGUUACACCAGCAUGCCAGCGGUGGACUCAUCAAGCGAAUUAUCCGGCAGAAGCGGGAGACUGGGCUAAACGUGACCUUGCCAGAAGAUAAUCAGCCCGUGGUUUUUAACCACGUCUACAACAUUAAAUUACCUGUUGGCUCCCUUUGCUCUGUGGACCUGGAUUCAGCUAGCGGCGAUGCGGACUUGAAGACGGAGAUGGAGCCAGUGAAGCAUUACGAGGAGCGCACGGUUAACGAGGAGAACCAGAUUGUCUUCACACACCGGAUCAACAUUCCCCGCCGGGCUUGUGGCUGUGCUGCUGCUCCAGACAUUAAGGAUCUGCUGAGCAGGCUAGAGGAGCUGGAGGGGCUGGUAUCCUCCCUACGAGAGCAGUGUGCCAGCAGCGCUGGGUGCUGUCCCAGCGCCCAAACAGCAGAAGGUCGCCUGGACACGACACCCUAUUGCGGUGGACAUGGGAACUACAGCACCGAGAUCUGUGGCUGCAUUUGUGAGCCUGGCUGGAAAGGCCCCAACUGCUCCGAACCCAACUGCCCGCGCAACUGCUUGAACAGGGGCCAGUGCGUCCAUGGCAAGUGCAUCUGUGUGGAAGGCUUCACUGGUGAGGACUGUGGCCAGGCCACCUGCCCCUCGGACUGUAACGACCAAGGCAAGUGCAUCGAUGGGGUUUGCGUGUGCUUUGAGGGGUACACGGGCGCAGACUGCAGCGAGGAGCUCUGCCCCGAGGGGUGCGGCGCGCAUGGGAAGUGUGUGAGCGGGCAGUGCGUGUGCGACGAGGGCUUCACCGGCGAUGACUGCAGCGAGCCUCUCUGCCCCAACAACUGCAACAACCGCGGGCGCUGCGUGGACAACGAGUGCGUCUGUGACGAGGGCUACACUGGUGAAGACUGCAGUGAGCUCAUCUGCCCCAACGACUGCUUCGACCGCGGGCGCUGUGUCAAUGGGACCUGCUUCUGCGAGGAGGGCUACACCGGGGAGGACUGUGGGGAGCUGACUUGCCCCAACAAUUGCAACAACAACGGUCGCUGCGAGAACGGGCUGUGCGUCUGCCACGAGGGCUUCGUGGGGGACGACUGCAGUGAAAAGAGGUGCCCAAAAGACUGCAACAACCGUGGGCGCUGCAUCAACGGGCAGUGCGUGUGCCACGAGGGCUACCUGGGCGACGACUGCGGAGAGCUGCGGUGCCCCAACGACUGCCACAACCGCGGGCGCUGCGUCAACGGGCAGUGCAUGUGCGACGAGGGAUUCAUCGGGGAAGACUGCGGUGAGCGGGCUUGCCCCAGUGACUGCCACAACCGCGGGCGUUGCGUCAACGGGCAGUGCGUGUGCGACGAGGGAUUCAUCGGGGAUGACUGUGGCGAACUGCGGUGCCCCAACGAUUGCAACAACCAUGGGCGCUGUGUCAACGGGCAGUGUGUAUGCGACGAGGGGUACACGGGGGAAGACUGCGGGGAGCUGCGGUGCCCUGAAGACUGCCACAACCGAGGCCAAUGUGUAGAGGGGCAGUGUGUGUGCGACAAUGGCUUCACUGGGGACGACUGUGGUGAGCUGGCCUGCCCCAACAACUGCAACCACCGUGGGCGCUGCGUCAACGGGCAGUGCGUGUGCGAGGAAGGGUUCACAGGAGAGGACUGCGGCCAACGGCGCUGCCCCAAUGACUGCCAUGGCCGGGGCCGCUGUGUCGAUGGACGGUGCGUGUGUGAGGAAGGCUUUGUCGGGGACGACUGCCGUGAACGCUCCUGCCCCAACAACUGCAACAGUGCGGGACGCUGUGUUGAGGGACAGUGUAUCUGUGAGGAUGGCUACAUGGGGAACGACUGUUCUGAUGUGUCUCCUCCAACUGAGCUGACUGUGACAAACAUAACAGAUAAGACCGUAAAUCUGGAAUGGAAGCAUGAGAACCUAGUCAAUGAGUAUCUUGUCACCUACGUCCCUACCAGCAGUGGUGGCCUAGAUCUGCAGUUCACCGUGCCAGGAAAUGAGACAUCUGCCACUAUUCAUGAACUGGAGCCCGGUGUGGAAUACUUUAUCCGUGUCUUUGCAAUCCUUAAAAACAAGAGGAGUAUUCCAGUCAGUGCCAGGGUAGCAACAUACCUGCCUGCUCCGGAAGGUCUGAAAUUCAAAUCUGUCAGAGAAACAUCCGUCCAGGUGGAGUGGGAUCCUCUGAACAUUUCAUUUGAUGGAUGGGAGCUGAUCUUCCGUAAUAUGAAAAAGGAGGAUAAUGGAGAUAUAACCAGCAGCUUGAAAAGGCCAGAAACAUCAUAUAUGCAGCCAGGUUUGGCACCAGGGCAGCAGUAUAAUGUAUCCCUUCAUAUAGUGAAAAACAAUACCAGAGGACCAGGACUGUCAAGGGUGAUAACCACAAAGCUUGAUGCCCCUAGCCAGAUAGAGGCAAAAGACGUCACGGAUACCACAGCUCUGAUCACGUGGUCCAAACCCUUGGCUGAAAUCGAAGGCAUAGAGCUCACCUACGGCCCCAAGGAUGUUCCAGGGGACAGGACAACCAUUGACCUCUCUGAGGACGAAAACCAAUAUUCUCUCGGAAACCUGAAGCCACACACGGAGUAUGAAGUGAUGCUCAUCUCUCGGCGAGGGGACAUGGAAAGCGAUCCCAUGAAAGAAGUCUUUGUCACAGACUUGGAUGCUCCAAAGAACCUGAAGCGGGUGUCACAGACAGACAGUAGCAUUACUUUGGAGUGGAAGAACAGCCAUGCAAAUAUCGAUAACUACAGGAUUAAGUUUGCUCCCAUCUCUGGUGGAGACCAUGCUGAGGUCACAGUGCCAAAGGGCAACCAGGCAACAACCAAAGCUACACUCACAGGUUUGAGGCCUGGAACUGAAUAUGGCAUUGGAGUGACAGCAGUGAGACAGGACAGGGAAAGUGCUCCUGCUACCAUUAAUUCUGGGACUGAUCUUGAUAACCCCAAGGACUUGGAAGUCAGCGACCCCACUGAAACAACCCUGUCCCUCCGCUGGAGAAGACCAGUGGCUAAGUUUGAUCGUUACCGCCUCAGUUAUGUUAGCCCCUCUGGAAGUAAGAACGAAGUGGAGGUCCCCAUGGACAGCACCUCUUUUAUCCUGCGAGGGUUGGAGGCAGGGACAGAAUACACCAUCAGUCUGGUGGCAGAGAAGGGCAGACACAAAAGCAAACCCACAACUGUCAAGGGUUCGACUGAGGAGGAACCUGAGCUCGGGAAGUUAUCAGUGUCAGACAUUAGCUGGGAUGGUCUCCAAGUCACCUGGACAGCAGCCGACGGGGCCUAUGAGAACUUUAUCAUUCAGGUGCAGGAGUCUGACAGACCAGAAGAACCGAGGACUAUCACAGUCCCAGGUGGACUGCACUUUAUGAAUGUUACAGGCCUCAAGGCCAACACACCUUAUAACAUCACACUUCAAGGUGUGAUUCAAGGCUACAGGACCAAACCCCUUUCUGUUGAAACCACAACAGGAGUGCACCCAGAAGUUGGUGAGCUAACCAUUUCCGACAUUACUCCUGAAAGCUUCAACCUUUCUUGGACAACCACCAGUGAGGACUUCGACGUCUUUACUAUUGAAAUUAUUGAUUCUAACAGGUUGCUGGAGCCCAUGGAAUUCAACAUCUCAGGCAAUUCAAGAACUGCUCAUAUCUCAGGGCUUUCUCCCAGCACUGAUUUUAUUGUUUACCUCUAUGGGAUCACUCGUGGUUUCCGCACUCAGGCAAUAAGUGCUGCAGCUACAACAGUAGAGGAACCUCUCCUUAGCAAACUCACUGUAUCAAAUGCUACCUCAGACAGCAUGUCGCUCACGUGGGAAGCGCAGGACAAUGCCUUUGAUCAUUUUAUUCUAGAAGUCAGAAACUCUGACUUCCCUUUGGACUCCCUGGUGCACACAGUGCCGGGGGCCUCCCGGAGCUAUGUAAUCACCAACCUCAGAGCUGCCACUAAUUACACUGUUCAACUCCAUGGUGUAAUUGAUGGGCAAGGUGGUCAGACCUUGACAGCACUGGCAACCACAGAGGCUGAGCCACAGCUGGGCACGCUCACACUCACAAACGUUACCCCCGACAGCUUCAACCUCUCCUGGACCACGAGAGAUGGGCCUUUUGCCAAGUUUGUUAUACAUGUUAGAGAUUCUUAUGCAGCACAUGAACCCCAGGAGCUUACGGUGUCAGGAGGUGCUCGCAGCGCUCACAUCUCAGGCCUGCUAGAUUACACUGGCUAUGACAUUAACAUUAAGGGCACCACCGAUGCAGGUGUUCACACAGAGCCCCUCACUGCUUUUGUCAUGACAGAGGCCAUGCCCCCACUGGAAAACCUAACUGUCUCUGAUAUGAACCCUUAUGGGUUCACAGUGUCGUGGAUGGCAUCGGAGAAUGCCUUUGACAACUUUCUAGUAGUCGUGGUGGAUUCUGGCAAGCUGCUGGACCCACAGGAGUUCCUCCUGACAGGAGCCCAGCGGCAACUGAAGCUUAAAGGCCUUAUUACUGGCAUUGGCUAUGAGGUUAUGCUUUAUGGUUUUGCCAAGGGGCACCAAACAAAGCCCCUAAGCACUGUGGCUGUUACAGAAGCAGAACCGGAGGUCGACAACCUUCUGGUUUCAGAUGCUACGCCAGAGGGCUUCCGUCUGUCCUGGACUGCAGAUGAUGGGGUUUUCGACAGUUUUGUUCUAAAAAUCAGGGAUACCAAAAGGAGAUCUGAUCCACUGGAACUAAUAGUACCAGGCCAUGAACGCACCCAGGAUAUAUCAGGGCUGAAAGAGGGUACUGAGUAUGAAAUUGAGCUCCAUGGAGUUAGCAGUGGACGACGUUCCCAACCCAUAAAUGCAGUAGCAACCACAGUUGUCGGAUCGCCCAAGGGAAUUUCUUUCUCGGACAUCACGGAAAACUCAGCUACAGUCAGCUGGACACCGCCACGCAGCCGCGUGGAGAAUUUCCGGAUUUCCUACGUCCCUGUCACAGGAGGUACUCCCAGUGUUGUUACAGUUGAUGGAAGCAAGACAAGGACUAAGCUGGUGAAAUUAAUCCCAGGUGUAGACUACACUGUUAGUAUCAUCUCUGUGAAAGGCUUUGAAGAAAGCGAACCCGUCUCUGGAACUCUGAAAACAGCCCUGGACAGCCCGUCAGGCCUAGUAGUGGUGAAUAUCACAGACUCCGAGGCACUGGCAACCUGGCAGCCAGCAAUUGCCGCCGUGGAUAAUUAUGUUGUCUCCUAUGUUUCUGAGGAUGAGCCAGAAUUUACUCAGAUGGUGUCAGGAAACACUGUGGAGUAUGACCUGAAUGGCCUUCGACCUGCAACUGAGUAUACGCUGAAGGUCCACGCGCUGAAGGACACUCAGAGGAGUGAAACCCUCUCCACCAAGUUCACUACAGGACUGGAUGCUCCAAGAGAUUUAAGUGCCACUGAGGUUCAGUCAGAAACAGCUGUGAUAACUUGGAGGCCUCCACGUGCUUCUGUCACUGAUUAUCUCCUGAUCUACGAGUCCAUUGAUGGCAAAGUCAAGGAAGUCAUCCUAGGCCCUGAGACAACUUCCUACAGUCUGACAGAGCUGAGCCCAUCUACUCAAUACACGGUGAAACUUCAGGCACUGAACAGAUCCCUGAAGAGCAAAGCGAUCCAGACUAUUUUCACCACAACUGGUCUUCUCUAUCCUUAUCCUAAAGACUGCUCCCAGGCUCUCCUGAAUGGAGAAACUGCCUCUGGGCUCUACACAAUUUACCUGAACGGAGACAAGACACAGCCUCUGCAAGUCUUCUGCGACAUGGGCGAGGACGGGGGUGGAUGGAUUGUGUUCCUGAGGCGCCAAAAUGGAAAGGAAGAUUUCUACAAGAACUGGAGGACUUACGUGGCUGGUUUUGGAGAUCCUAAGGAUGAAUUCUGGAUAGGUCUGGAGAACCUCCACAAAAUCACUGCUCAGGGCCAGUACGAGCUGCGUGUGGAUCUGCGAGACAGAGGCGAGACAGCUUAUGCUGUCUAUGACAGAUUCAGUGUUGGAGAUGCUAAGAGCCGGUACCGGCUAAAAGUAGACGGAUACAGCGGCACAGCAGGUGACUCCAUGACCUACCAUAAUGGAAGGUCCUUCUCCACCUUUGACAAAGACAAUGAUUCUGCCAUCACCAACUGUGCUUUGUCAUACAAGGGCGCAUUCUGGUACAAGAACUGUCAUCGAGUCAAUCUGAUGGGCAGAUACGGUGACAACAGCCACAGUCAGGGUGUUAACUGGUUCCAUUGGAAGGGCCACGAGUACUCCAUCCAGUUUGCAGAGAUGAAGCUGAGACCUUCCAGCUUCCGAAAUCUGGAAGGAAGGCGAAAGCGAGCGUAAAGCCCCAGGGUGAUGAAAGGGCUACAGGCAGGGUGAUGGGGGGGAGGGAGACAGUGGGGGUGAGGGGGGAUCCUCUGGCAUCACGGGGUGGUGGGGUGUGAGGAGCUGGUAACCUUACCAAAGCAUCAGCGACCCUUGACUUGGCCCAACAGAGGCUUCUGCAGCAGUCCCAACAACGAGCCUUAUGCAGCCACCGCGUUUUCAGCAGAGCAGCUCCAGCUGCCCACAGUUAAUGUCCUUUACACCAAAGACAAUGAUCUCAAGGGUUGUAUGUUGUUCUGUUAAUUUUUAUUUUCUCAGAAAGCCUCUGGGAUGAAGUUCUUGCACAGUCUGACUAUCUCUUGUGUGGCCCAGGGUAGGGGAGGGAGAACAACUUGUACAUUGGUAGUUUGUUUUAGAACCAGCCAUACUUUACACACAGAAAUGUGUAUGAUUAAUUAUCAUUAUUAUUAUUAUUAGUUAUAAUUGAAAUCCUUUGGUCAUUGGAAAGCCUUUUUUAUAUAUAUAUCAAGUACCACAGAGAAGGAUGGGGUGGGAAGGGGAAAGCAAUAUGUUUUUAAACUUAAACAUAAAAUUAAUAUUAUUAAUAUAAUGACAAAGUAAUAAUAAUAAUGAUAAUAAUAAUAAGCUAAGUUUUUGUCAUUUUUAAGAGAACCAUGCUUUCCGAAACACAGCAGGACAGUGUCUGAUUGUAAAUUUUUUUUAAAUAAAAGCACAAUUACUUUCAAAUAAAUUUCUACCUUUUUUCAUACAUGUUGAGUUUGUGCAUGUCCAGGGUGUAUUUACUUACAAGGGGAAGUUAAAGAAAGGCUGAGAAUGAUCAGGCUGCUAAGCACAUACAGAAAACAGUUCCUUUUAUUAGUGGUCAGUUGUGAGUAUUCUGGUGGAUUUGUUACAGUGAAAGGCCCAUAGGAUUUGAUUUCUUUUAGAACAUAUUUCUUUUUUUUCCUGCCCAAAAGCCUUUUACAUGUACUUUUAAGUGUUACUGACAAACACUUGCUCCAUCUAGUUGGAAUAACUAACACAGGAAAACAAGGAAAAUGCAGAGCUGGGGUUGGGUACCAACAGUGACUCUGAACACUUGUGUAAAUAAAGGGCUCUCUUUUUUUAUAUGAAUAAAACCUAUGUGUAGUUUCUCUGUAUCAUAUUCUUCAACUGAAGACAAUAAAAGAUCUUUUGUUUUAA